AUGAACCCGCAAAAAUCUCCGCCUGCGACCAAAGUUGGUCUUGUUAGUUCCCAGCACGACAAUGCAAAAUGCGAUACCGAGGUUACACAGCAACGUAAUAUUAUCCUCCAAAGAUCAAAAAGAAAACAACCUGAAGAAGCAAUGAAAUCCGAAUUAAAUGAUUUUAGGAAAGAGAUAAUGUCCUUUCUUACUGAAUUCAAAACUUCGCAAGAGGAGAAUAUUAAAAAAAUACAUGAAGAAGUAUCGUCAUUAAAGGAACAACUAAAUAAUCUAAAACAAAUUUCAGAUAUUCUUUCUCAGGACCAAGUAACUAUUAAGGAUACUUUAACUUCUAUAAACUCAGCUCAACAGGCUACGGCAAACACAAUUACCGAAAUGCAAGCCUCCUUGGAAUUCUCAUCCAAGCGCAUCGAUACCCUACAGGAACGUGCAAAUUGUUCAGAAGAAAAACUUAAGAUUCAAUGUCGUGAAAUUACCGAAAUGCAAGUGAUAUUAGACAGGCUUUCCUUCAAAACCCAAAGACAAGAGCAGUGGGCACGUCAGUUAAAUGUAGAAGUGGUGGGAGUACCAGAAAUUAAAAACGAAAAUCUAACAAAUAUAGUAUUAAGCAUAGCAGAAAAAGCAGGUGUUGUGUUGAGCGCCGGCGAUAUGGAAAGCUGCACAAGAGUACAAUCGAAAGAUCCCGUUAAAGGUCGACCCCGCAAUAUUAUUAUAAAAAUGUCCUCCCGUAUUCAUAAAGAUAAUCUCAUUGCUGGCGUCAAAAAACAUCGUGGCAUCACUACUGGAGAUCUUGGGCACGGAGCCGUGCGCUUCUAUCGAGACGCUUUGGAUAACAAUACCGGUACUGAGUGUGAGUCAUACGUUCACAACACGAAGCGCACACGUUCCCUCGCGCUAUGCCCCUCACACCCCGCUUGGACAAAAACUGCAUAUCAUAACUACGUAUAUACCGGGUAA